AUCCUCCUCUCCUCCCCCUCGCUCUCUUCCUCCCGCACUCCAACCCGUCCCUGUGUCCCAGUAAAGCUCUUUGAGCUCGUGGACUCGUCCUAGUAGCCUUACGCCGUCAGAUGGAAACAUGGCGACAGAGUUCCAUAACCUCCAGGAGUUGAGGCACAGUGCAUCUCUGGCCAACAAGGUGUUCCUCCAGAGAGACUACAGUGAAGGGACCACCUGCCGCUUCCAGACCAAGUUCCCUGCAGAGCUGGAGAGCAGGAUUGAGCGGACGUUGUUUGAGGACACAGUGAAGACGUUGAAUAACCACUAUGCGGAGGCAGAGAAGAUCGGAGGCCAGUCCUACCUGGAGGGAUGUCUGGCCUGCACUACAGCCUACGUCAUCUUCCUCUGUAUGGAGACACGCUAUGAGAAGGUGUUGAAGAAGAUAGGCAGGUACAUCCAGGAGCAGAAUGAGAAGGUCUAUGCCCCCCGAGGUCUGCUGAUCACUGACCCCAUUGAGAGGGGCAUGAGGGUUAUAGAGAUCUCUAUCUAUGAGGACCGAGGCUCCAGUGGCUCCUGCUCAGGCUCCAGCUCUACAUCCGGCAGCAGUGCUCGGUGACCGGGUACAAGUCACCUCCUCGCCCCUCCUGGUCCCUGGAACUCUACACCCAACCGCAGUGUUCGGUGACUGGGUACAUGUCACCUCUACCCCCCUGAUCCCUGGAGCUCUACCCUCCCUGGUCACUUAGAGAACCACCCCGACAGCAUUGCUUGGUGACUGGGUAGGCCUCACCUCCUCGCCUACCACAACCACAAUGGCCCUGACCACAACAAACUGGAGCUGACUGACUAGACACUCGAUUGCAACUGAACCACAUGGAUCGGAUCAAGCCGAAUCUAUCAAUGUUGGGGAAUACUGAUGAUUCAAAAUUACAUUUAGGAUACCUCCCAAAUGGCACCCUUUUCGGACACUGGUUUUAAAAAAAAGACACUAGAUAGGGAAUAGGGUGGCAUUUGGGACGCACAUCCUCCUAUUC